AUGAUGAUGAUGAUGAUGAUGAUGAUGAUGAUGAUGAUUGAUGAUGACGAUGAUGAUGAUGAAGAUGAUAAAGACUCGGACGAUUAUGAUGAUGAAGAUGAUGAUGAUGACGAUGAUGAUGAUCAUGAUAGGGAUCAUUCGGAUGAUGAUGCAUAUGACGACUCAUAUGAGGAUGACGACGACUCUGAUGAGGAUGAUGACUCGCUUGAUUACUCGGAAGCAGAUGGUGAAGAUUCGGAUGAUGAUCACGAUGAUGAGGAUGAGAUGAUGAUGAGGAUGAUGAUGAUUCGGAUGAUGAUGAUUCGGAUGAUGAUGAUGAUUCGUAUUCGGAUGAUGAUGAUGAUGAUGAUGAUGAUGAUGAUGAUGAUGAUGAUGAUGAUGAUGGUGAUUCAUGAUGAUGAUGAUGAUGAUGAUGAUGAUGAUGAUGAUGAUGAUGAUGAUGAUUAUGAUGCACAUGUUUACGAUGAUGAUGAUGAUGAUGAUGAUGAUGAUGAUGAUGAUGAUGAUGAUGAUGAAGAUGAUUCAUGA